AUGAUUGGUAUCCAAUUAAGAAAGAUGGUUUCACUUAGCUUGAUAUUAGGUGUUUUGAUUAUAACCAUGAUGUGUGAAUUUAUAGAGGAUUCAGAAGAUAUUCAAGGGCUCAAAAGUCUUAGGAAAUCACAUACUUCUCUUGAAGAUGAUGAUGACGGCUCGCGAGGUGGGGAUUGCGAGGGGUGUUCAGGGACAGCCUGUAGCUCAGACGCACAAUGUCGCGCACGUGGAUGCGAUGGUUGUAGUACAAGUGGUGUAUGUGUAUUGAGCUCUCUAUAA